AUGCCAGACAGACACGUUAUCUCCAGGGGCGGAGGAUAUAACAAUCGAGGUCGUUCUCGAGGCGUCAAACCCCCAUUCUCAAUUGCCUACGACGGCAGGCGCGAAACCUUAAGGAAAUUGAACGACCGCGCAGAAACUAUCAUGAAGAAGUGCUACGGGCUUCGCGACGUUAGUUCAACCGGGCUUGUUAUUGAUUUGAUUAUCCGGGAUGGCGAGGAGGGCUGUUGUUAUAGAUCAGACUCAUGGACACCCAUGCCCCUUCCCGAUAAUGUGCGGAUGUACGGACCGGGGGACUUUAUGACAAUCAAUGAGGCCCGCGACGCCGUUCGUGCUAGGCCCGGGCACACUGUGGAAGAUAGAAGCGACAAUGAAAGCCCAGGCACACUUUCAACACAGGCCAGUAUCGGUACAUCAGAACCACGACCACGUACGCCAACAUCUAAACUACCUGCUGGUACAGCUAGUCAAUCAACAUCAACUCUCCACGAUAUGCCAAUUUUUGGUACCCCGGAUCUGUCGGUGUUACACAAUCCCUCGUCAAUUCAACAGGAGGGCCGCGCAACUCCAAGCUUAUACACAGGAUCAACAUGUACACCUGAACAGUCUGCUAGCUGGCCACAAUCUUCAUGUUUUGUUAAAUCGGAGGACUCGAAUGAGAGUCUCAAUCUUUAUCAAGGCUUACAGCUUGGGGGUCUCUUGGGCGAUCUCGUGGAUUCGAAUAAGGACGACGGAAAGGGCGAUCUAGAAGUCAAAUUUGAGAGAAGUCAACCUUCAUUUCUCUCCUUCGUGCCAUCAUUUAAAAGCUCAGAAGUCAAGCCAUUCCCAUCUGUUCCAGCACGCGCCCGUGUUCCACAGAAAAGGGCAUCGGAUGUGGAAUUUCUGUCCGACAUCCGUUCUCCUAAAAGGAUGCAUCGCUAG